GUCUUUAGCUUGUUUUUGGGGGAAGUGGACCAUUCCUUUAUUCUGGUAUAGGAUUUAGCAGCACGAUGUUCAAUUAUCUAAAUCUGUAAUAGGGCUAAUGUUGCGAAACGUUUCCCUCUGCAUGUUUUUGUUGUGUUAGUGUGGACAACUGUGAGAUAUUGCCUUGAAUCCUUGUUUAAAUUUGGUUUUCAGAAAUUAUGUUCAUUUUCUUCUCUAUUUCUAGAUAACACACAAUGAUCCUAUAAUUUGGUGCCUUCAAUGUGGUGCUGUUGUUUUAGGGAAAAUAUAAGUUCAUUCGAAGUAGGUAACAAUAACAAGUUUUUCUUCUGAGUACCUCUGCCACAAAUAGGAUUCAUAAGAAGUAAUUGAUUUUUUGUAGCAAUGGAUAUAAGAUAUGCGUGCAUCUGUUCUCUGGAUUUGUUUUUGACGUACCAUAUGUUAGAGGAGAGUUGGCACGCGUUCCAAUUUCUAUGUCUCGGAAGUAUUGAGAUCAAUCUGAAUUUUGGCUGCCUCAUGCUUGUACUAUGCCAGAGAGAUGUCAAUUUUAUAAUAAAACCCCAGCAUGCGUCAGCUGGCGAAUUAUGACUUGAGCUCAUGCAAGGUGUAAGUCUUACUGCAAGAAGGGCAGCUGUGCAUGUUAAGACCCAUACAUAGCUUCUCUUGAUUACACAGCACGGGGGGUGAAAACUUGAGAUACAGUUGAUCUCCUGGUUCAGAGUAUGGGUUCAAGGUUUGCAUCGCAUCAGCUGAGCAAUGGCCUGUAUGUUUCUGGUCGACCUGAACAACCUAAGGAGAAGGCCCCAACCAUUUGUUCCACUGCGAUGCCAUAUACUGGGGGUGACAUCAAGAAAUCAGGAGAGCUGGGGAAGAUGUUUGAUCUCCAUGUUGAGAAGUCAAGAAAAUCUGGUCCUCUAGGAAAUGCUCCUUCAAGGAAUACUUCAUUUGGAGGUGCUGCUUCCAACUCUGGACCCGUAUCCAAUGCUGGCGGUCGGUCCAAUUACUCUGGUUCUCUUUCAUCUUCAGUUCCUGGUGCUGGCGGAUCAGCCAGAGCAAAAUCAAACUCUGGACCGCUCAAUAAGCAUGGAGAGCCAACAAAGAGGUCAUCUGGUCCCCAGUCUGGAGGAGUGACCCCAAUGGCACGCCAGAAUUCUGGCCCCCUUCCUCCUGUGCUUCCGACAACUGGGCUUAUCACAUCUGGGCCUAUCUCUUCAGGGCCACUUAAUUCGUCUGGUGUUCCAAGGAAAGUAUCUGGGCCACUUGAUUCUGCUGCGUCGAUGAAAAUGCGGGCUACUUCCUUUGCUCACAAUCAAGCUGUUACUAAUCUCAACACUGAAGAUGGUUACUCAAUUCAGGGAAGCUUUCCGAAGCCAAUACUCUGGGCUGUGAUUCUGCUCUUUGUGAUGGGUUUCAUAGCAGGUGGUUUCAUUCUGGGUGCUGUUCACAAUGCAAUUUUGCUGAUAGUUGUUGUGGUGAUAUUUGGUUUUGUUGCUGCACUUCUUAUCUGGAAUGCUUGCUGGGGUAGUAGAGGUGCAGUUGGGUUUGUUAAUCGCUAUCCUGAUGCUGAUCUCAGAACUGCUAAAGAUGGACAAUAUGUAAAGGUUACAGGGGUUGUUACCUGUGGAAAUUUCCCCCUUGAAUCCUCGUUCCAAAGGGUCCCGAGAUGUGUAUACACUUCUACUAGCUUGUAUGAGUACAGAGGUUGGGAUUCCAAAGCUGCCAAUACAGAGCAUCGGCGUUUUACCUGGGGCUUACGCUCAAUGGAGCGCCAUGCGGUUGAUUUCUAUAUCUCAGAUUUUCAGUCCGGGCUUCGAGCAUUGGUGAAAACAGGAUAUGGUGCACGUGUGACCCCGUAUGUCGAUGAAUCUGUUAUAAUUGACAUCAAUCCAGACAACAAGGAUAUGUCCCCUGAUUUUUUGAGAUGGCUACGGGAGAGAAACCUUUCAAGCGAUGAUCGUACAAUGCGCCUAAAAGAAGGAUACAUCAAGGAAGGUAGCACUGUGAGUGUGAUGGGGGUUGUCCAAAGGAAUGACAAUGUUCUGAUGAUUGUUCCUCCAUCAGAGCCCAUCUCAACUGGUUGUCAGUGGGCCAAGUGCGUUCUCCCAACCAACCUUGAUGGGCUUGUUUUAAGAUGCGAAGAUACUUCAAAUAUUGAUGUGAUACCAGUUUAACUGGCGGUGGAAGGGUAGUUGCCAAAAAAAGUGCCUGUUAAAUAUUUGAGUCUAUUGUUUCAUGGAAUGCUAGUUGAGAAAAAUGUGCAAAUGUUGGGUGGGUGUGAUUAUGGUAGGCUGAGGGUGGUUGGUUAAGCUGGCCUUUGGAUGUAUAGUUUUUUCUUCUUCUUUUAAUUGUGUUUUGUUGUUUCUUUUUAAUUUUCAGUUCUGAGAUCUGAAACUUGUGUAACCACAUGCCUUUUAAUCUAAAUCUGCGUGGCAUUUAGAUUGA